CCCUAGAGUAGUAGCAUAAACAUAGGCUCGAUUUUUUUGUAGCCAAUUGAUUUGUUAUUUUUAUAUUGAUUCUACUGAUCAUGCACUAGUAGAAAACAAAAUUUGUCAGCCAAUAGGCUUAUUGUCACGAAAUGAAGAAAAUUUUCGUGCUGAAGGCAGUAAAGUAGUGCAAACUAGUGCAAACAAAAAUACAGAAAAGUGUAGUAUGCCAUAAAUUAAAAGUGCGUUGUCUAUCUCAAUACACUCGCAAAAGUUUUGGGAGAGAUGAGAACUGACCAGAAACUGACUGAUAGAGUUGAUUGGUUGGUGGUUGAGAUUCCUUUGGUACGGAUUGGUCAAGUAAAAAAUGUGCCUGAUAAAACACGUCCCGCCACCUCCGUGAACUUGGCCGACGAAUUUUGGAUUACUAGCACAUUACCAGCGGUUUUUUAUUUGGAAAGUGCGAUCGUUUGUCAGCUUUUCAUCAGCGAUUGUCGGAUCAAAAUCGACACUUGUGUUAUUAGAAAAAUCAAAUUCAAAAAUCCCGGUGAAUUGAUUAACUUGACGUAUAUCAAGUAGACUGAUUAAAAACAAAAAAAAUAGCGUAGAUAAAAAAACAAGAUGCAAUAAAUGUUCAUUUAACCUCUUGCAAAUAGUCGUUCCGGGUACCAUAGAAUACUAUAUUAUAAAAUUGUAAAUAUUAAAACCAAUUUAGAAACCUCCGAUAAAAGUUUUGGAUAAUUAAAAAACUUCCUACAAAAAUCCCUGAUGAAAAACUAUGAAUUCAUUCUUUUAAAAAUCUGUCACACCACCUGCAUUUGAAAAACCAGAUUUUCAUGAAUUCGCCAUGAUUGCAAAAAGUUGUUUAUUAAUAUAUGGAUAAUAAUAUAUGCUUAUGGAUUUACCCAUGAAUUCUUGUAGCCCCGAUCUUGCAAAAUGAAAUAAACCAAUGCUCAGUUGCAUUCGGCGAGCCUCGAGUCUGUUUUUCUCUAUACGUUCGUUGUUACGCCACGUGCUGGAUAACCAAUCAAAAUCAGUGAAAUAAAGUAUACAGGGAUGAAUGAAACCACAUUCCAACAAUUGUUCGCUUGUUGAUACUCCCAAUGUGUAUAUAUCAUACAUUGGUAUAAAUCCAGGAUUCCGUACAUAAAUAAUCGCAGUUUAGUAUGUGUAUUUUAGUAAAUAACCGAAUUUUAUCCAUUCCGAAUCUCAACGCAUAUAACAUUAAAAUAUGAUUUUUACAGGUUAAAAAAUACAAAAAGCAAUGUGCAGUCUCGCUCCCAUAGUGGCAGAACAGUUCCCUUGGAAAACAAUCUUCAAAAAUUUGGAAGACCAUAUUCCCAUUGAAAUGAAAACCCAAUUGACAUCUCAAUGUCACAAGUUGCGUUCUGCUUUGGAAUCAAAUGAAACCAUGGAACAGAAUCUAAUUGACGAUUCGUUGUUACGACUCGAAGCCUGCUUGGAUCAAACAUGGGAAACUUUAAAUACUGGAUACUGGAAAGAUGUUUCAAUUAAUUACAGAUAUUCCUAUACAUUAGCUAGUGUCAUAAAGUGUAUCUUUUUGGAAAUUGAAUGUUCAGCUGAUGGAGAAAGCAGAAAUGAAGUUAAAAAGAAAAAGCUGAUUGAGAUUAUCGAGCAAAUUGACAAAGCAAUUUUAUUGGGGGCUCCUCUCCCGAGCGCACCUCAUCUCAUGACCACAAUUGCAUCGCGAUUGAAUAAUUUUAUUGCUCAUUCCACUAAAUCCGAAGCCAACGAAAUCCUGAUAAACGAUAACGAAAUCACAAUGGAACUUUUGGAUCGAUUCGAGUGGAUCAAACGUUUCGAGAAACCUUCGAUGGAAACUUUUUACAGAGACAUAUUUAAACCUAAAUCUCCAGCUUUGCUCGAAAAUUGCUUGGGCCACUGGAAGGCACUGAAAUCCUGGAAAAAUUUGGAUUACUUGAUUAAAAUCGCCGGAAACCGAACAGUCCCGAUAGAGAUUGGUUCACGAUAUACCGAAGAGGAUUGGUCCCAGAGUCUCGUCAGUUUUGCCGAAUUUCUGCAGACCCACGUUUCAAAGAAAAACGAUAAAAUCGGUUAUUUGGCACAGCAUCAAUUGUUCGAACAGAUUCCAGAAAUGAAAGAGGAUUUUUCGAUACCAGAUUACUGCAAUUUCUCUGACACUGAUGAAGAUCCUGAUCCACCGGACAUAAAUGCUUGGUUUGGUCCCCGCGGCACAGUUUCUCCAUUACAUUUUGAUCCGAAAAACAAUCUUCUUUGUCAGGUAAUUGGAUAUAAACGAUUGAUAGUUUAUCAUCCGGAAGAGUCAACGAACUUGUAUUCUUACGAAUCAAGAUUAUUAUCUAACACAGCGCAAGUGGACCCAUUGAAUCCAGAUUUCGAUAGAUGGCCGAAAUUCAAGGAAGCAAAAGGUUUUAUGAGUUAUUUAAAACCUGGCGACAUGGCGUUCAUACCACCAGGAUGGUGGCAUCACGUGGAAUCUUUGACACCUAGCUUUUCAAUAAGCUUUUGGUGGUGUUGAAGGUAGACAAAAGAUAAAUAAAAUGAAACUGAUUGAAUAAUUUUUAAAAAAUUGAAAAUAAAGUAGUUUGACAUGCAAA